AUGUCUUCAACGCCCUACUUUCUUCGUUUCGCUCAUGAUCUCUCUCAGCUUCCUUUCCGAACGAUGGAGUGGAAAUACACAUGCCUUUCAUUGUAUAGACAAAUUUUAAAACAACAUACAAAAAAAUUGGUUCCACAACAACGGUUCCUUGGAGAUGCAUACGUCAAACAAGAAUUUAAAUUAAACAAAACAGGUGAUGAACAAUAUGCGAGACCCUUCGUCGAAGAGUGGAUACAAUACUAUAAAAUUUUGGCAGAGGCUGAAUCACCUGGAGAUAUUGGACAGGAAUUUCCUCAUGAAGAAUAUGAAACCAUGUCAAAAGAACAACAAGAACAAUUUUUAAAACUGAAAGAAGAAACGGAAAAAGUUAGAGAAUAUCUUAAAGAGGUGGCCAAACCUGAUUGGCAAUCGGUGACAAUUGAAAAGAAUUAA